AUGCUGAAACAGAAGCGACUGACGCUCAUCAUCACCGUGCUAUUCACCGUCAGCAUACUGCUCUCUUGCUAUUUUCUAUUCACACAGCAUCCAUUGGACAGCGGUGAUGAUCCGCGACAGGAGAAGUUUCUCGCAUAUCUGCCUCAUUCUGGAUUAUCUAAUCAGCGUAUAGAACUGGCAAAUGCUCUGUUACUAGCCGCUCUGCUGAAACGCACCCUCAUCAUACCUCCUGCUUUCUUGGGAAAUGUGGUAGGCUGGAUGCCGAUGGAUCAACUGCUCGACCACCUCAGCUGGCUCACCACGCCAAAAGACUUUGACUUGAUUUGCCAACCGCCCACACCAGGCGACCUUCACAGCUACGUGCAAAGAAACAAAUGCGCUGAAUACCAUCAAUUUGCCGCCAUCCCGUGGACGCAAUUACACGAUUUCUCAAUGCUGGAGUCCCAUGUCAAGAUGAAAUUUGUCGACACUGUAUCAUUUACGAAACUGCAAGAGGACCUCAAUGUGCACGACAAUGAUACGUUUAUCCACUAUGACGAUCACUUGUACGACUGGAGGCUAUAUGAAGAUAUACAAGAGGCAAAUGCAAUUCUGAAUAACGGCUCCAAUUUCGUGGAUAGCUUCACGGAUCGCAAAUUCUAUAAGAUCUUUACACCAAUGCACUGGCAACAGCGGACAGAGCGACUACUACAUUUAGGCGGCAUCUUUGGAUCCACUCGUAUGAAUAUGGUGAAACCAGAGCACAUUGAAUUGCAACAAUUAAUAUCAUCUACAUUGCAUUAUCGAUUGGACACACCGUUAGGAGAGACAGUUGCAGGCAUUGUACAACAUUUGGGCGGAAAGGCAAGCUUCAAUGCUGUCCAUUUUCGCUUGAGAGAUGUGCCCUUUAGAAAAUACGCCAUCGAGAACUUGCAUCAAUUUGAACGCAACAUGUCUAUAGCAACUGGCACACCUGUACCACCACUUCCGCCCUACGACGAAUUCGGCGUAUUGACUAGCAUACCAAAACCGCCACCACCACCAGAGCAGACUGUUCACUUGAUGCCACAAUACAAUCUCUCGUUACCGCCCUGGUCCAAUGUGUGCGAAAACGUAUCACCCGAUUUCAGUGUGUCGAUGGAAAAUGUGGGAUCAAGGGCAGUUGUGUAUAUUGCGACAGAUCAUAGGGAUAUUCGUGGAGAAAAUAGUCGACUGCUGGAAUGGUUUGAUUAUUUUCCCUGUACAUUGACCCUCAACGAUAUUCCACCAGAGCUGCUGGACCCACUAGACAAAAUGCAUUGCAUGUAUAAUCCCAACAAAUCACUAAAAUCAUUCUUGAUUCCAUUGGUGGAUGCUAUGGUAGCAGCACAUGCAAGACGCAUAUUCACAACUCCACGGUCUACAUUCUCGAAAUACAUUGCCGAGUUGAAUGAAGCCUGGGUGCUGAAAGAACAAGGCUAUACCACUUCUUCCUUCUUUUUGUAUUGA